UUACAGUCUGCAGCGAGGAGUACUUGCAUCAUAUACGUGCAUUCUGAUCAAUAAGUGUCUCUUCAGACUUUUUGUUGAAGCUCACUGUUGACGGAAGGCAUUUUACAUCCUCGGUCUUCUGUGAUUCUCAAUUGAACUCUUAUUUUCUUGGUGAAAUAGUGUUUAAACCAGAAAAGAGACCUUGACAUGGCAUAUCAGAGGUUACAGAGUCCAGUGUUGAUGGGAUUUAGAGAUGAAGAUGCUGAUCUCCAGCUGCUGCUGAUCGGUAAAACCGGAUCCGGGAAAAGCACCACAGGAAACCUCAUCUUUAAUGAUCGGGUGUUUGAGUCAGAAAAGAGCUCUUCAUCAGUGACCAGAGUCUGUAAAUCACACACUGGAUCUGUUCAUAACAGGAGCGUGACAGUGAUCGAUACUCCAGACUUCAGAUUCUCCACUCACACUGACUUUGAUUCAGACUCGGAGCUGAAGAGAGCUCUUGAAUUAUGUUCAGCAGGAGCUCAUGUCAUCCUGCUCUUUCUGCCUUUAAGCACUUUCACUGAGCAGGAGAUGGAGUUCAUCAGCUGGUUUGAGCAGAAGUUUGGAGCAGAAGCUCUCAGAUUUACUCUAGUGCUCUUCACUCACGCAGAUCAGAGACACAUGAGAUCACUAGGAGAGAUGAUCAGGGCAAAUCCUCAGUUAUCUGCUUUUAUUGAGCGAUGCGGUCAGAGAUAUCAUGAGUUUAACAUUAAAGCUCCAGCAAACAGACAGCAGGUGACUGAACUCAUGGAGAAGAUCGACAGACUGGUGUCUGAGAACAGAAACUCCUGUUACACACUAGAGGUGAUGCUGGAGACGGAGAGGAGAAGAGAGGAGGAGAAGAGAGCAGAGGAGGAGAGGAGAGAGAGAGAACAUCAGAUGAUGUUAGACACAGUCAGAGAAGAGACUGAGAUGCGUGUGAGGAGAGAAAUUGAUGAGGAGAAAGCUGGGAAGAGGGAGAAAGAUCUGUUCUUUAAGCAGAUAAAGCUGAAAUAUUUGUGUGUAUUUAUGGUUUUUGCUGUAGUGUCAGGAGGUGUUCUGGUGUGGAGGAAAGACUCUUCACAUGGAUGGAUGUUCACUAAGGGUUUCUUUACUGGAGGAUCAGCAUCAACUGCAGGAGUUUUUACAGGGGUUUUCUGGAGAUUGUUGUGUAAGAGUCAGUUGAUCCGUUCAUCUUCUCACGAGCGUCCCAACACUGUUAGACAGUUACUGCUGAAAGCAGCAGGUGUUGUGUGUGGUUUAUCAGCUGGAGCUGUGAUUGGUCACUUUCUAGGAGGAAAUGAACUUCCUGUUACAGCGCUAGCAGGAUUAGCAGGAGCUGCUGGAGCUUUUACAGCAAUACAGUGAAGCUGCUGAUGUUUUACAACUCAUGACUCUAAUGUCUUUGAUAUAAUAAUUCAGAUUUCUGCUGAAGAUAUUUUUUUUUUUCCCCCUAAAUUUAAUUUUUAUUUUCUCAUGGCCUCUAAGAGACAUUCAUGAAUUACAUUUGAUUUUCGUAUGUUUGAUUUUUAAAGAACACAUAACUGUUAAAAUGUUACUUUUUCAAAUCUUUUCUGUGACUAUGUUUGAUCAGGUAACUCUUUAUUUCUGAUUUCAUUUAUAAUCCUUACCUGUCUAUCAGUUGUUGGACUGUAUUGACAUUGCAUUGUUUGAUGUUUUAGAGGAUUCAGAACACAUGAUUGAAGAGAGAGGAGAUGAGGAUGUAUGUAUUGGAGACAUAACAAUGUUUUUCUGUACCGUGGAAUAAGAAAUCCAUUGUGAAAAUGAUCUCUCCAGAUGCGUAUCUUAAACUGGAGCAAGACUGAUGUAAUCUGCACACAUGACUCUGUAUGUGAGAUACAGUCACUUCUCAAGGGCACUGUUAAAUUUUAAGAGUUCAGACAAUCAAUCAAAAGACAAUCAAAAAUUUCACUAUUAAACAGAACAGAUUUUUUUUGUUUAUUAAUUCAAAGCCAAGAAACACAACAUCAGUCAGUCUUUGUCACUCAUUGUUUUUGCAUGUUGGUAAGCUAUUGCAUUCCUGUUUCCUCAGUUGAUUAUCUUUGGUUGUGGUUUGUUGAAUAAACGUAUGUUCCGCUUGGAUCUUCACUUCUCCUCCACUGAUGUAACACAAUGAAUGUCAUCUUUCAUUGUAUGGAGUGUUUUGGAACUCACAUAUUUGGCACACUGUGACUGUUAAACCAACAUCCCACUAGAUAUGCUAGAAUUAACCCCUGUUAAUCCUCAACAAGAACUUCUGUAGACCUCUAACAGAAAUAAAGUCAGUCGGGUUAGUACCCUGCAAACAAGGGCCCCUGAGAAUUUGCUCAUUGGCAAAAUGUUGGCCCCUUAGC